CACAUUCCUGCGCUCCCGUAAGCAUCCUAUGCUCUUUUGCACAAGAUGGCGGAACCCAGCACGGAAAAGGACAUUAUAGAACUAAAGCCAGCCGAGGACGAUCAUCUUAACAAUUCAAUAGGAGAUUCCGGCAUGAUCUCGCCUGACAAAGAAGAUAUCUCACGAAUUCUGACAGUGCCCUUCAAAGGCCGGAUCAGAGGAGGGAUGAGACCAGGCAAGAAGAUCAUUGUUAUGGGCAUUGUGGAUGCAGAGCCAGAAAGCUUUGACGUCAGUCUGACCUGUGGCUGCACUACAGAGAAGGACACAGAGGAGCUCAACGAUGUGGCCCUAAAACUUAGUGCCCGAUUUGCUGAACGGCAGUUCCUCCGGAACGCAAGGGUAUCUGGGAAAUGGUGUGAAGAGGAAACAGCAAUUCCGUACUUUCCUUUCAUCCAGGACCAGCCUUUUAGGAUCGAGAUCCACUGUGAACACCAGCGCUUUAGAAUCUUUGUCGAUGGACAUCCGCUGUUUGACUUUUAUCACAAAGUGAAGUCUUUGCUUGCCAUUGACAUGAUCAGGAUAGAUGGAAGUCUGCAGAUCACCAAGCUUGGCUAAUCCAGAACAGCAGUGAGAACUUCAGACAGGUGACCAAACUGUAAAUUGCGAUACUAUAAAUUUGAAGGCCUCUUUUCUUUUGAAGACACCAUAAUUUCCUUAUUUUGUGCUUUUACAUGUCCUAUUUUAUAUCAUUUUAGGUUGAGGCAUUACAUGAAUGGUUGCGAAUGUGGGCUGUGUUUGUUUCUGGAUGCUUUUAAUCAUACAGUACUAGAGUGUACCACCAGACUGGUAACAGUUUGCACCCUUCAGCUCAGCGUUGCUCAGAAAAAAUGUUC